AUGCAUCGACUUUUUGCUGAGCUGGAGCCAUCUGGAACCGUCACCGAGCAAAACCUGGCAGACCAAGUUCGGUAUAUCUUGCGCUCAAAUAUAUUUGAUGACGCCAAACUCGAACGGCUACGACGUGAGGCUGUUCCCUCAUCAAAAGAAAAUGCUACGGCUGAGGAUGCGGUGCCACAAGUUGCAGAACAACCCGCACACGUGGAUACCGCCGUGAAUACCCCAGUGGUGGCUGAUUCAAAUGAUGACGGAACAUUCGCCCAGGAUCUAGAAAUAGAGCAAAUGAGGAGUACAUUGGAAGAGGCGAUUAUAGAAACGCGCAUUACGGCUCUCGAAAAUCGACCGCGACUUCCCCGCAUAGCCCUAAGCAAGCGGAAUCGGGCUUUCGUGAGGGCUCUGAACCCAAUGCUGGUGACCUAUUUGGAAGCCAGCCGGGAACUUUGCGAUACGGACUCAAUUCUUUUUGGCGCCGCGCUGGCAGUCUGCCGUAUUAUAGGCACCAAGGUUUCCACGGCUGGACGCGCUACUGGCCAAAGUAGCGCUAUCCCAGUAUGGAGAAAAAGAAUUAAGGAGCGUAUCGCAAAGACUAGAGCUCUCAUCGGCAGAUUGAUAUGCUUCAGAUCAGGCAAUAACAGGCCAAGAAUUGUGCGCACCGUCAGGAUGGCAUUUGCUGGGACAAAUGUCAGUUUGUCCCAGCCGGAUAUAAUGCAAAAACUGACGGAGCGCAUAGAUGAUCUGAAGCAGAGAAUCGCUGCUUGGGGAAAGCGGAUUCGACGAUAUACCGAGAGGUGGACACGGUUCAACCAGAAUUGUCUCUUCCAGAGUGAUCAGAAGAGGCACUAUGAAUAA